CUUUGUUUGUGUUUUGGUGUCUCCUGGAGACCAAAAAUGAUGUCACUCUGAAGCUUCCAGAAGCUCCAACCGACAAACCUAAACAACAACCAAACUCUAUCUGAAAGAGACAUCUGGACAGAUCAUGACCCACCUGGACACUCCCUCGGCUCCCCACAGCACUGUGGAGACGGUCAGUUUGACCGUCCUGCCUCCUGCCAUCCAUCGGUUCCUGUUCAGCCAGUCAGAAGAGUUUCAGGUGGUUCACCUGAUCCUCCGUGCACUGUUUGGAGCAGUGAGCGGGACAGUUCUGUUCCUGGGACUGUCCCACAACCUCCCGCUGACCCUCGACCUGCAGCUGAUCAUAGGAGGUGUCUUUGUCGCUGUGUGUAUGCUGGGCGGAGCCUUGUCCUCCUCCUCCAGAUGUUCGGUCCUCUUGAUGUUUCCUAGCAUGCUUAGCUCACGUGGUCGAGCAUACCUGAUGGUCUUCCUCCUGUCUGUGCUCUGUAGAGGACCGGUCUCUAACAUCCAGCGUAACGUGGGGACAGCAGCUCUGUCUCUGAGUUGUAACCUGGACCUGCAAGUCCAUUACAGCAAGUUGCUGUGGAGAGACGCCAUCAGACCUGUGAUUGUGAUCACACAGGAACUUCUGGAUAAUGAAGCAGAGUUUCAGUCAGAGGCGUUGAGCAUCAGCAGGAAGUUUCAAAACAUCAGGGACGAAGUUGUCCUUCAGUACGGAUAUGAGAGAUUCAAACCAAAACAAACUGCAGCCACUGAAUGGAACACGCAGCAGCAGUUCACAGCCAAGACCAUGAUGCAGUGCGACAGUGUGAUGGAGGAGGGCGUGCAGCGAUGUGCUGAUUGGUUCAGCCUCAGGUGGGCAGAGUGUAUGGAGGUGAUCUCAGUCCCCAUCAUCAACCACAUCCUCUGCGUGUCCAUGAGGUUCCACUUCCUGUGUGAUAUCAUGAGAGUGAUGACUCCGUGGUGCAGAGAGCAGAUCCCUGUAGAGGGCAACUUUGGUCAGCUGUUUGAUCAGCUUAACCUCUCAGUCAACCUGCUGUCCAGAGAGUUCAGCACCAAGCUCAUAUUGCAGGAGCAGCAGCAGCAGUCGGUGUUCGGUGGAGCUCUGCUGGAUCAGGAGUUCACUCAGGCUGUCAGAGGAUCCUUCCAGAAACUGACAGCCUCCUUCGAAAAGCUGCUGAAUGCCCUGCAGCUGCUGUUGUCCUUCACCUUCAUCACCAUCUUCACCCAGGCGUUCAGUUAUCUCAGACAGUACAGGAAGGAUGUUCGAUUCGACAAUGUCUACAUCACCACCUACUUCAGACAGAUUGACGCCCGCAGGAGGAGAGCGGGAAAGCGCUACCUGCUGCCUAUGAAACAGUCAGAGAUGAGGAAGGUCAUUGACCCCUGGAAUCCAAGAAUCCACCCUGAAGAGCUCAGACAACUGACCUCAGGUGUGUUUCAGGUGCUGUCUGUCUCUGUGCUGUCACUCAUCCUGCUGACUGUCGACUUUUCUCUGUUCCACGUUUUGGACAUCAUCAGCAGACACACCUUCACCCAGUUCAACCUGACCAGUAGUCACCAGGUGGAAAUCAAAGUGGGUGGAACCUCCAUGAUGGCGCGCCUCCUGAGGAGGACGAUUUCAGCCUUUAACAGCUCGUCCAGCCUCAACAUCCACACUGACAAUCACAUGUGUGCGUGUCUCCCCUCCCCCCUCCCUGCAGGUGUGUAUGGCAGCUGUGUGUGCUGUGUCCUCUUGGUGGCGCUCUUCAGCUGCCUUCAGGUUUACACCAACCGCCUCCGACGUGUCAUCGCUGCCUUCUACCACCCACAGAGGGAGAAGAAGCGAGUCUUGUUUCUUUACAACCUGCAGAUCCAGAGGCGGAUUUCCUCCAGCGGUGGGAAACGUGUCAUUAGGUGGGGACGGAGGAGCAGGACGGUGUUGGAGUGCCUGGGCAGGUGUGGGCAACGCCUGUGUCACCACCACAGACAGGAAGUGUCAGACUCAGAGGGGACGCACUACGACCCCGGAUAGGAUGGACAGGAAGCAUUCAGAUGAAACUGCAGCUUUAAUAAAAUCAGUGUGAGCAUCAAGAGGCCUGCAGCCUGAAAUGAAAAAACACAAAAUACACAAACUACCAUCAGCAUAGACAAAUAAGAGUAUUUUACACUUUCAUUUAUGCUUUACAAAUGAAGCAAAAGUGCACCGUGUGCUAAAACGCAGUCCCGGAAAGAC